CAAGAAUCAAGAAAAGAGAAGGCAAAAAGACAAGAUGAGUCUUUUGAUGAAUAGAGUUUGGAUGGCAGCAGCUAGUGUUGUUGCCGGGGAGGGUCAUGGAGAUUACGGGUCCAAGUUGAAUUCGAGUCGGCGGCCUCUUAACGUGGGCAACCAGAGGAGCUUUUCGACUGUAGAUGAGAGAUUUUGCGGAGGAAGUGGCGGCGGUGAAAGUGAGGAAAACAGAAGACAGGCCGAAAAGUCGCUUCAGAGAGUCAUGUACUUGAAUUGCUGGACACAAAGCUAGGGACUAGACUACAUAGAACAAUAUGACUCGAGCGGGACAUAAGAAAAAAACUUAGCUUGU